GUAUGCCAUUGGACAUUUACUUGAUACACUAUUUCAUGUAGGUAAUUUAACUCUAGAGGGAGAGAAAAUACUCUGAUUUUAUAGUGGACUCAUGAAUACCGUCUAAGGCUAUAUGAGGUGGGGUUUUAAACUCAAGCUUACGGGGAGCAGGCAAGUAAUAUGAAUAUAGGCAGCAGGCUGAGUGGGGACUGAGGUGGCCUAGAGAAGGCAAGCUUGGCUAUCCCGGGACAGUGCCUCUCAGCACUAACUAGCUAAUUGUUCCUCAUGUAGGACCAUGGGCCAAGUGUUGCCAGAUCACCCUUUUAUCAAGAGGAGCCACAAAUCUUUUGAUUUUUAAAUGUUGACUUUAAUUCAAUUUAAAAAUGAAAGCAAAACAAAACACUAUAUUCCAAACAGAGCACAUCUGUGGCUGCAUGUGGCGUACGUAUAGGUUGUCUGCUUGCAGUCUCUGCUCUGAGGAGUCAUUGGCUCAAUUAUUUAAAUAUUACUAGUUGAUCAGAAGGUACACUUUUAUUUAUUUUUGUCACAUGGUCACUCAGAUUUUUUCCUAGAGUUCCUUGAUAUUUUAGCUAGUUCUAGAAGUGCUGGCAGUAAUCUGAGCAGUGACACUCUUUAUUUCAUUCUUUUUGAUAUCAUUUGGAUAGAAAGACUAGUUUGCACGGAAAGGAGGUAUUUGCUAAGGUUCUUUGCUGGUGGUGUUUUUUUUUUUUUGGUCUAUGCAUGAUUAUCAUCAGGAGUGUUUAAGUGUGCCUAAGGGAAGGGGUCUGGACUGGGUGACCUUUGAUGUCCAUUUCAGCCAUGUGAUUUUUAGAUUUAAUUAGCCACGGAUGCAAUACUGUUAAUAAUGUUCCUGGGCCAGAGGGACUGCAUUUGGAGCUGUGCCAAGCAAAAUCAAGCCAGAUCUAUAAAGCUGUUCUCAGUGGAAGAGCACUGUGUCAGUGUGGAUUAACACACAGGGGCAGUCUGCUGGAUGAGAUUUGAAGACCCGACUUCUCGUCACCCACUGGAUUAUGCCCAAGUCUUUCCUACCCAAUGAUCCUCUUGCAACACGCUGGGCUUCCUCCGCCUAAGCGGCCCUCAUCCUCUCCUCCUAUGUCAGUGGCCGCCAGGUCUACAGGAACCUUGCCGCUUCCGCCGCAGAAGCCUUUUGGGCAGGAGGCUUCCUUGCCUCUGGCAGGGGAAGAAGAGUUACCUAAGGGAGGGGAGCAAGACACUGCCCUGGAGGAGCUAUGUAAGCCCCUGUACUGCAAGCUCUGCAAUGUCACCUUGAACUCAGCACAGCAAGCCCAGGCUCAUUAUCAGGGUAAAAAUCAUGGUAAGAAACUCCGAAAUUACUAUGCAGCAAACAGCUGUCCUCCUCCUGCCAGAAUGAGCAAUGCAGUGGAACCUGUGGCUACUCCAGCUGUUCCAGUCCCUCCGCAGAUGAGCUCCUUUAAGCCAGGAGGCAGAGUGAUUCUGGCCACAGAGAAUGAUUACUGUAAGCUCUGUGAUGCCUCCUUCAGUUCUCCGGCUGUGGCCCAGGCUCACUAUCAAGGGAAGAAUCAUGCCAAGAGGCUGCGGCUCGCGGAAGCUCAGAGUAACUCAUUCUCAGAAUCCUCAGAGGUUGGUCAACGGCGGACCCGGAAAGAAGGGAAUGAAUAUAAGAUGAUGCCUAAUAGGAGAAAUAUGUAUGCAGUACAGAAUAAUUCAGCAGGUCCUUACUUCAAUCCCCGCUCUCGGCAGAGAAUUCCACGUGAUCUGGCCAUGUGCGUUACUCCAAGUGGCCAGUUUUACUGCUCCAUGUGUAAUGUUGGGGCCGGUGAAGAAAUGGAAUUCCGGCAACAUUUAGAGAGCAAGCAACAUAAAAGCAAGGUGUCUGAACAGCGGUACAGGAAUGAGAUGGAGAAUCUGGGAUAUGUAUAGUGAUUGUCAUAUUCAGAUAGAGCAGCUUGUCCUGCCUGUUGUUUGCCUUCUGUCAACAUGUUCUGCUUUGUGAUUCUUUUGAUAUGAGUACAUUCCUCUGCUCAAUGUUAAUACACGUAACCUGCAGUGGUACCACGAGGUGUCAAAACUGGGGAAGGAAGAGAACAUGCUUAAGUCAUGAUGCUUUUUCAGGUCAGUUGUGUUGAGCUGCUUAAAGCCUGUGACCUACCUACCCCAUGAUAAAUAACUUUUUAUCUUGACCAAGUUCUGGUCAACUAGUAGCCUGACCACUUAGAGCUUUAGCUAUUUAAAAACUUCAUCUUUUUUUUGCAAUUUUAGUAUUAUGUACUGCUAAAUAAAUAAUUUUAUUGAGUUCUUGCUUCAGAUCAUAGUAAAAACAGGUAAGCAAA